GAAUUCCCGCCUCCUUUCUUGCGUUCUCAAUUCGGUCCGCCAACGGACCUAUAAAGGCCUGCAUCGGCCGGCGCGGCGACAAAGCGUUGUGGGGUUUUGUCUCUCACCAUGUCUGGUCGUGGCAAAGGCGGCAAGGGCCUGGGCAAAGGCGGCGCCAAGCGCCACCGUAAGGUGCUGCGGGACAACAUCCAGGGCAUCACCAAGCCCGCCAUCCGGCGCCUGGCCCGGCGUGGCGGCGUCAAGCGCAUCUCCGGCCUCAUCUACGAGGAGACUCGGGGGGUGCUCAAGGUCUUCCUGGAGAACGUCAUCCGGGACGCGGUCACCUACACCGAGCACGCCAAGCGCAAGACGGUCACCGCCAUGGACGUGGUCUACGCGCUCAAGCGCCAGGGGCGCACCCUCUACGGCUUCGGCGGCUGAGUGCUUUCGUCUCUUUUCCCUUGACAAAUUGAAAGGCCCUUUUCAGGGCCCCCACCCUUUCACC